AUGGCGUCUACGCUGGCGGAGGAGCUCGUGGAAGAGAUCCUCCUCCGCGUCCCUCCGGACAGUUGCGGGCAAGAUGGGCCUCCAUCGUCUGCAAGGCCUGGCACAACAUCGUCUCCGAUGGGCCGCUAUCGCAGCCAUGAAGGCCCGUUGUUGUGCUGCGCCGAUGAGUCGAGCACAAGAAGGCGUUCGGCCCAGCUUCGGCCCAAUCAGCGGCGCAGCGUGGAGAAGGAACGCCGCAAGAAACCUAGCGGCACCCGGUUUCUCCCUCUCGUGCGCCGGACGCUGGUAGCGGGGCGGCGGCGCGGCGCGGUCGGAGGCCGCGGAAGCGGGGGCGCGCGGGGGAGCGGAGAGAGGGCGCGGACGGCGGCCGCAAGCCCACCCCCAGGCCGACCUUGUUGUCCUGGUUCGGUGGGACCAGGCAAGAGACCCCGGUGGGGUUUCAGCCACCCACCGGGGCGGAGCUCCGACGAGCGCUGGGACGUUGGAAAGAGUUCUAGUGGGUCUAGGUCUAGCUCCGACGAGCGCUGGGACGUUGGAAAGAGUCCACGGUCUAGUGGGUCUAGGUCUAGCAGGGAGAGGAGUCCACGGUCUAGCUCCGACGAGCGCUGGGACGUUGGAAAGAGUCCAUGGAGUAGUGGGUCUAGUAGGGAGAGUCCACGGAGUAGUGGGUGUCCACGGAGUAGUGGGUCUAGUGGGUCUAGCAGGGAGAGGAGUAGGUCUAGCUCCGACGAGCGCUGGGAUGUUGGAAAGAGUCCACGGAGUGGGUCUAGCAGGGAGAGGGAGGCGGCGACCAGGCAGAAGGAGAGUGAGUUCUUCGCUGGGCCCGAGUACUACGCUGCGCCUGCCUUCAUGGCCUCACCAGACCCCAGUCAGUAUUGUGUAUCUACAAUGGUCUCAGGGAAAGCAAAAGAAAGCUUUUGCAAUGAAAUGCAACAAUGGUCUGACCAUCUGAGUGGCAUGCCAGAAGCCCAGAACGCAGCAUAUUUGAAGGAACACAAGGGUGCACCUUCUGCUCCUAUGCAACCAGCUCUGAAACAGCAGCUGUUGCAGCAACAUCCACAACCAGAGCAGAAGCAACAAUAA